UUAUUUCUAUUCGCUCGAGGGGAGGGCGAACUUCCGUGCUUCGUGCGUGCAAAGGCCGGGACGACAGCGUUGCACGUGACAGACUUUGCCAAUCGUAACUGACUCACGCAUAUUGAUUACAUACACAGUGUCACUAAAUCGGCCGACACGGCGUCGACUCGCGCUCUUUGGAAGUUGGGACUGUACUCUCGUCAGAUCGAGCCUAGCUGGUAUUGGCUCCUGUCAUUCAAAGCCCCUCAGUCGGGCAAGCGCCACAAUCAAUACCCACAUGCCUUGCCGCGGUGAGCGCACACGGCCCGAUAUCACAUCAAGGAGAAGGUUAUUACUUCAGCGUGGACCGCCCCAGAAAAGUCUUUCUCGGUGUCGUAAAUAGCUCACGGUCUUUACUGAAGGAUUUCCAGUGAGAGGUUAGCUGUUCCUAAACUCUCACCAGAUCGGUGAAGAUAACUGGGCGAGCUGGAAGCUUCUGUGACGGGUCCAUUAUAGUUUAUCGCGCUCUCCUCUCGAAAUAGCUUCUCGGGCGAAACAGAUUGAUCAGCUAGCCAUUCGUUUUUGUUGCAUUGCUCUCCACGAUGAGGCGACGGAAGGGUAAUCGCGGGCGACCCAGGAAAGUUAAGAAAGGACGCUUUCCCAAACUGAGGGAGAGUAUACCGUUUGAUUCAAAACUUUGUGAAAACAACUCGAACGACCAGACGACAAGUUUGAAAAGUGACGACGCCGUGACUGGAGUUAUCGGGCUGGAUAAGACGGGGCCAUUCAGCUACCGUGUCGGCAGUGUUAACAUCGAACUAGAAGGAUCUGAGGAGGAUAUUAAACCAGUCAUUCAGGAGAAUGACAUUAUGUUGGAGGUCGAGUGUGGAUCAAAUACCGCAAGUAUGUUUUUGUCAAGACUUUGCCAAGGGAGCAAGGGGUCGUGUAUUGAGUUCGAUGGAGCCUGGUUAACUCCCAACGAGUUUCAGUUUGUCAGUGGACGGGAGACGGCGAAAGAUUGGAAAAGAUCUAUCCGACAUUUUGGACGAAGCUUAAAACUCCUAAUUACUAAAGGAAUAUUGACUGUCCAUCCCGCUGCUUGUCGAUGCGACAGCUGUCGUCUGCUCUCCUCAACGACAAACGAGCCCAAACUGGUGAAAGACAAACGUGAACGGGACUUGAGAGAAAGGGCAAGCAAAGGUUGUUCCGGGUCAGCCUCGGGGUCGGACAAGGAUGAGGGCGGAAGUCGAGGGAGCGAAGAUGAUGGGAGCGAGGAAGCUGACGAGGAGAGUCAGGAAUCCGGCGAGAACGGAGACGAAGAUAGUGGGUCUGAGGAAGAGGAGGAAGAAGGAAAGGUAGAGGAGAAUAACAACGAGGCUGGUGAGAAGGAGUCGAGUAGUAGUGAUACCUCAUCUUCAUCGUCUGGCUCCUCUUCCUCCGGUUCUGAUUCUGACUCUGAUGAAGACGAGAAAAAAGAGGAAGAAGAGGAAGAAGAAGAAGUGAAACAAGAUGAAGCAGUGGCUGAAGAACCAACUGAUAAUGUGACCGAAAAUAUGACCGAAAAUAUCGAAACUCCCGUUGAAAUUACUAAAACAGUUGAUGAAGAUGUGGACACACCUCAACAAAUGGAGGUUGUUGAGGAUGUCCAAGGGGAAGAGGGAGGCAAUGAGUCUGUUGUAGAAGAGGAAGAGGAAAUGCCAAAUGAUGAAGAUAAUGUUGUUGAAUCUAAAGAUGAGGAUAGUAUUCCUGCUUUGGAAAAUGGCAUCGAAGCUGAGGCAGAGAAGGCAAUGGAGGAGGAGGAGGAGGGGGAGGGGGAGGAGGAUGAAGAGGAUGUCGAGCCCAAGGAUGAAGAGAUGGAGAAGUGUGAAACCAAAGUCAUACCCAUGGAGGAAGAGUGUUCCGUGAAAGAAGAAGAAAUUGUCGAACCAGUUGAGUCAUCUGAGCCAACAGAACUUGAGGCCGUCGAUUCUUCUCCCGUCAGUGCCACCGAGAUCGAAGACUCCAAAAACCUUGAAGAGCCAAGGGGGGUUUCUCCCGUAGAGGUCAAACCGGAAGAUGAGCCUUCUGACAGUGUUCCUGUGGUAGAUUCGGACAAGAUGAAAGAACUAACUGAGGACGAAGCCAGUCGGGGUAGCGUCAGCAGUGCACCCAGCAUUGACAGUAGCAUUAAAAACUCCUCAGAUAGGGAACAAACACCUGUCCCUCGCAAGCUUUCCACACCAACCCUGCCUGACGUCUCCGUCAAGAAGAAUGCUGAAAGAUCAAACAGCGGCGGAGGUAAAUCUCGCCUGAGCAACAUUAUUGAUCUUCUGAGGACAUCGAAAGAGAAAGAGACCCAAAAGCAAACGACACCAGACCGACCUGAAGAAAAGCGCCAAGAAACGCGACAGCCUGAAGUGAAGGAUGUUAAGACUCCUUUUCCCCUUCCACAAAGACGUGACGAGACCAAGCCAAGGAAGCCAGAGCGGGAAGAACCAUCGGUUCAGAAACCGUCAAGAGAAGACGCGAGAAUUAGCGAAAAAGCCCGUGAAGCGAUGCGACUUCCCAUGGGUCGACUUCCGUUUGGUUUCCCACCACCAGAGAUCUUAGAACGUGCCAGCAGGGAGGCCCACGAACAGCUGUCCAAGAGCCACAGGCAGUUUGAAAAGAACCUCGAAUCCCUCAUCACCCAAAAUAUGAAUCCAUUUAUCCCAGAACUAAGCAUCUUCUCCUUACCGGAGCAUCGGGCACAGCUCGAGUAUAACUACAUCAAGAACAUGGAACGUCUGGAUCAGAUGGCGAAAGAACGGAUGGCAUCAAUGGCGGAGAUGCGGCACCAACAACUUCUCCGGGAACACAACAGCUUCGUGGCCAAGUUGGCGGAACAACAGAAGCCCAAGCCCGUUAGAUCGGAGCCCAGUGAACACAGGAACAAUAGGGAGAGUGUUAAGAAACCAGUGGCUCCGAAUAAACGUACUGUAGCCGAAGGAAAUUCGUCAUCUUUACCAAAGGUUCCACAUGCACAUAGAGCGAUGCCUGAAGUCAGGAAAGACAAACCAGAUCAUAGAACGCUCCAAACGCCCCCGGCAGCGCACCACCAUCAUCCUUCGAGUCGACCUCCAAGUACCGGAAAUAAACCACCGUCCGCACUUCCGCUUCCUGCUUCAACCGGAAGAGCGGCUCACCCAACAGGUCCGAGUGCGACACAGUCCCGGAGUUCCCCAAUGGUGGCACCAAUCGCCCCGCCGCUCCAGAUGUGGUCGUCCUGCUUUCCAUAUGUGAUUCCACCACCAACAAUAGAAAUGCAAAGACUUACUCAGUUUUUUCCUAACCUAAACGGAGGGAUGUUCUCGGCGGAAACGGGCGAGAAACGUCAAACGGAGUCCCCUAUACUUGACCUUUCCACGAAAAAGAGAAAAAUGGACGAUAAUGGCAAUGAACAUCGUAGCAAACAAGCAAAACUGUCUUCCAACUCGCGAUCAGUUCAUCAUCCUCAUGCUAACGGAUUACCAAGAGAUCGUCACUCUCAUAAAGACUUCAGUGCUAAAGACAGACCCAUGUGGGCUAACUUUGAAAGGAGUGGCGCUAUGGCUUGUACAUGCGCAUUGCAGCAUUUAAACGACAUCCGGCACUGGUCCGUGGAGGAUGUAUGUUGUUUCAUGAAGGGACUGGAAGGAUGCUCUUUAUACGUUGAUACAUUCCGUCGGCAUGGGAUUGAUGGUAACACAUUGCUCCUACUGACGUCAGACACGCUGGUGAAAUCCCUCGGCAUGAAAAUCGGCGCCGCAACGUUCCUCACAGAUGCCGUAGCAAGGCGGUCAAGAGAGCUUCAGAAACUAGUGCCAUGUGAAUACUGUCGGUUUAAGAACCAAAAGGGCUAGACUCGUCAUUGUGGUGAAUCGGUGGUGCUUAUGGACGCCAUGGAACUGGAACGCGAGGAUUUGUACAUAAGGAUUGGUCGGAAUAUUCUGCAAUAAACCGACCGAGACGAUUCGGUGAACGGAUGUCAACACACGCUAAAGUGACGUGAACGGGAUGUAUAUUUUGGUUAAAUUGCUUUUGAAGGGAUGGCUAAGCUGGACUCAUUUAUCAUUCUCUCGUUUUGGAGAAAUACGGGACCAUGAGAUAAAUCCUCGUUGGGUGUUGAGUUUGUGUUCAAAGACGGAGUGUGUGUUGCUCCACUGAGGGUACCAGGCAGGUUUUGGAUACGUCGACUUGAAAAAUUCCAAAAUUGUUCCUUCAAAAAUGAACACGAACGUCCGUCAUAUUCUGCACGGAUCUAGUGGUCGUGUGUGUAUAUAAUCACUGACAGGUUAACUAUCCAUGUAGCUCAUUCCAGUUAGCAGUGGACCAGCCUCUUUUAUGUCACGUGACUGAAAUAGACAUAAUCACCAAGCCAUUUAUCACCCAUCAUGAUGUAUUGAUACAACCAUUUCUCAGUCAUUCGUGGACAUCGUGUACAGAAUGUUAAACAUGCUGUGUGACCUUAUUUAUUGCUUUGUCGGUUUCAUACAUACAUGAUAUCUACAUGUGUACAUUUCACAAAUGAAUGACAAUCGCAUAUGUCAAAGUCUCGCCAUUACUGUCAUCUAUGCGUGUUCAUUAAGUUAUUUGCGUCCGGUGGUGUUUUGUCCGGACGCCAACCCAUAUCACAACUAUGCACUCUCAUCUAUUCCACGCACUAUGCAGUCAGUGGUGUCAAUUUCAGUGUUGAAAUCGAUUACCUUUGAAAGACAUCUUCCAAUUGAGACCAGAGAUGUGUCCGUAAAGAAGAAUAAGAGUUAGACACGGAAACUAGGACGGAUUUAUAUAUUUUUUUUCUAAAAUAAAGAAAUAUGUUUCACGAACCAUUUUAAUAAUAAACAAAAUGACUGAAUAAGCUGUGGACUGCUUGGCUACAAAUCGCGGUGUCGACCCGUGAUAAUAUUAUUAAAAUCAUGUCCGAUCAUCGGGCCAGUUUUAAGAAUACUUUAUGAAUUUUACGUGUUAUUUUAAACGUUUUCGUUAAAUAUAUCAUUUUAAGUUUGUAUUUUUAAUCUAUUCACGGACACAUUUCUGAUGGUUUGAACAAAAUAUAUGAAGGAAUAUGUUGUUUUUUGUUAAUGCGAUGACGUAUAGUAUUACGCUUUUGUUAUGCAAUCAAUAUACAUUGAUGUGUUUUACAUCCGAUCGUUUCCAUGUUGAUUUCGUGCCAUAGACUCAGCACAUGGAACCAAAGUUCUUCAGAAAUAAACAGUUGUUACUCGCAACGACCCCAUAGCUAGCCCGCUUUUGAACUGACAAUUAGCUUUCAUCGGCAUUUUUGCGACCGAAAUUCAUGCAAGAUUAUUCACAAACGUUUCCAUUAUGGUUGUGAAUCCCUUCCGGAUAUGACGUCAUUUCUAGCGGAAGUCAAAUGGCGUUCACUUAGCAAAUGUCAGUUUUGGGGUGAAUGAAACGACGACGGCAAUGAUAACAACCCGCCGUGUUGUAGCGGCGCUGUUAUAACAGUCCCGCAGAAAUCGUCGGCUGUGGUAUAACACAAUUUAUAUCUUCGUAUUUUUGCAGCGGCUUAAAUGGGAUCGGUUGCGUUUGACAUGCUCAUAUUUCUAACCAAAUGAAUUAUGCUUUGAAGUCUUGGGUUUAACAAAUCGAUUGAGAUCGUUAGUGGCAACAUUUAUCAGACUUUUGACAGUUUUUUUAGAUAACGACAAGGUAAGGCUUUUUGGCAGAAAUUCAUGCUCUGUAAGGUCGUGACUUUGCUCACGAUUUUAAUGGAUUAGAGUUUUAAAGUUUUAAACCUGAACCAAGGGGUGGCUGAUUUUACUUUGGAUUGAAAUAUGAGUCUGUCUCGCUGUGUGACAAACCUGCUACAAUGAACGGUCCCCAUAAGGGAUCUGUUGAAUCGCGUAAAACCAAUAUGGCGGAUGUGCCUCUGUGCUCGAAAAAAGUGCGCAACAUAACUGGUUGUACAUAUGUCUGAAAGCUUAUGUUGAGAUGAAAUUGUUUGUAAUAAACAGCCUGGUAGAUAUAA